AUGAAGUACUGCCACGUGAACGUGCCGGAUGAGCUGUUGCGGGACCUACUUCCAGGACCUGUGACCCUGGUCUUAAAACGUUCGGAAGAACUAAAUAAAGACUUGAAUCCCUUCACAUCGCUGGUUGGCGUUCGCAUUCCAAACCACCCUUUUAUUAGGGAGUUGGCACGAGCUUGCUCUGGACCACUGGCUUUAACAAGUGCUAACAUCAGCUGUCAGGCGAGCACGCUGACGGUUUCGGAAUUCCAAGACCUGUGGCCUCAGUUGUCCGUGAUCAUCGAUGGAGGCCCAAUAGGGGAUGUCCAGAGCCCAGAAUGUCGUUUGGGGUCAACUGUGGUUGACUUAUCUGUGUCGGGGAAAUUCACCAUCAUUCGUCCCGGCUGUGCGCUGACAUCUACAGUUGAAAUCCUGAGGCAGAAGUAUGGCUUGAUACCAGAAUCAUCUUAAGACUUCAGACUCUGAGGAGGCCCUGCAGAGCUGGUAAAGCUGGGCACCGUGUGCCCGCGCGUUCGGGAAGCGGGCGUUCAUGGCCUUGUUUAAUAAGGUCGAUGGGUUAUGUCAGGGUUAAUAAACAAAAGAUUAAAAAAGAAGAAAAGAUAAAAGCCCCGAGCAACAGUUGAUGGCUGUCUGUUAAUUAGCAUCACAUCUGCUGUACUCUGAGAAACCAACCCAAAUGUGCAGGCGGACCUCUUCGUGCUGCCGUACCGUGCCCAAAUACCCAUCUGUUUUAUUGACAUGGCUAGGCCUUUGAAAUACAGCAAUUUGAACAUUGGACUGUUCUCAGGAUGGGACGAUGAAGGCAGCAUCUGACCCACCCUCCCCUUCACACUUAUUCCAUGUGUGUUAUUGUAUCUGCACUGAAAGAAAAGCAAAGAUGGAGAAGAGGUUUUCUGAGCUUUCAUAAUGUUACGGCUACGGUGUCCUCUGCUGCUUUUCUCUGUUCUACACGUAAUCAAAACCUGCUGCUGAGAGGACACUGUAAGUGCUUGUGAAAACUAACAGUAUUCACACGGUCCCUAUUCAGACGAGAGCCGCCCAGAAAGACCUGGCUUCCUCCUGACACAAAGAAUAAAAACGAGCUCUUGGCGUGGUGGUGAUCUUCGUUUUUUUAA